AUGCCUACUACCCAGGUCACCCCUGCCGAGGAUGCUCUUCUCCAAGCCGUUGCCGAGUCUCUUCUCAAAGCCCGCAAGGUUGUCGUCAUCACCGGCGCUGGCAUCAGUACCAACUCUGGCAUUCCCGACUUCCGCAGUGAAAAUGGGCUCUACUCCUUGAUCCAGGCUCAAUUCGACGCCGCGAGCCGAGAGCAUGUGUUAGAACCGAGAUGCUCUGCAUCGCUCAAUACGAACCGCGACGAGCGAGAGCCACCCACAAAGCGGCGGAGGCUGUCUUUCGAGGAUUCAGGCAUCUGCCUUAGCGACGACUCUCAGGCUAUUGAAGAGCAAGACGCGUCCAGCUCCGAAGAGGCCAAGAGUCCUCGGUCGAAUGCGCGAGACUCAUCGACCCCCCACUCAAUUGACGCCAGACCUAGCGGUCCGAUCACGAGAGCGAGGACAAGGGAAUCAACGGUGGACGGCAAUAUCGCAAAUGAGUCUGGUGUUACAGAGGAUUCUGAAAACAGACGUAUAGAAGCCAACACCAUGUCGACUCGAUCCACCAAGAGAGCCACGUCCCUGCCACCUGUCAAGAGCCCCCAGAAAGGCCCAUGUACAGCUUCGCAUUCGAGUCUAAUCGAUGUGCAAAGCGGCUCGGCUGAAGACGAAAGAUCAGCCCGCCGGGGUCUGCGGAGGCGUGGCCAUUCUGCAAGCCCAGACGCUCGACCAAGAGCCAACGCUUAUCAGGCGCGCUCUGCCGUGCUGCGAAAGAGGUCUUUGCUGACGCCUCCUAUGGAUACUGCUGCAAAUCACGUCACGCCAAAGGCCACGAGGUUCCUCUUCAGUUCUUCGCCUCUAUCAUCACCACCUAGUAUAUUCCCGCAAACACCGACGCGCCGAAGAGAUAUCGCCUGUGUCUCACAGCCGAAUCUUGGGCAGCCAGGGCUGGCGUUCAGCUCAUCCCCGCUGUCAUCGCCUCCACCUGUCUUAUUCGACCCCUUCGAGGAAGAGCCAUCGACAAGCGGACAAACCUCGAGUGUUGCGAGCAGCGCGGCGUCUUCCGAAACAGACGAAACCCCUCCAUCAUCUCAGUUCAGCAAGUCAACAUUACCCAACAUCAAAGGCAGGGAUUUAUUCGACGCCUCGAUCUGGGCCGAUCCGCUGCGAACAGCAGUCUUCUACACAUUUGCCACCACCCUUCGUCAAAAAGUGAAGGACGUUGCACCAACAGAAUCACACCAUUUCAUUGGUCACCUCCGCAACCGUGGAAAAUUGGUCCGCUGCUACACGCAAAACAUUGACCAGAUUGAAGAAAAGGUUGGCUUAUCGACAUCACUUCAGGAAGGCCCAGGGCACAGAGGCCGUUUUUCGAGAAAGUCUGUCGGGGCGGUGUUGGCUACGACAGCAUUAGCGACCUCCUCGACUGUCAGCGAAACUACCUCAACCGCACCAGAGCCGGAAGAGAAGAAAGAAGUUGACGAACCAGAGGGAGUUGACAGUGCUGAGGGCAACGAAUCGGCCGACCCCACUCCUUCGGCCGAGUCCCAAGGCCAACCGAGACUUGACCGAAAGCCCAAUGGUGUGGAGUGUGUAUUUCUGCACGGGUCUCUGGAAUCUCUACGUUGCUUCCUCUGCGGAAAGAUUUGCGACUGGGAUGAAGAUGGAAGAGCGUACGAGACCAUGUCCGGCCGACAGCCCGAAUGCCCAUACUGCGCCGGAGCGACCGCUGCAAGACAGGAAAGGGGCAAAAGAGCGCUGGGUGUGGGUAAACUGAGACCGGACAUUGUGCUCUACGGCGAGGAACACCCCAGCGCCCAUCUCAUUUCUCCAAUUAUCACACACGAUCUCGGACUUUCGCCCGACCUUCUUCUCAUCCUCGGCACCUCUCUGAGGGUUCACGGCCUCAAAGUUCUUGUUAGGGAAUUCGCCAAGACCAUUCACAGCAGAGGCGGUAAAGUGGUCUUUGUCAAUUACACCAAGCCUCCAGAGAGUUCAUGGGGAGAAAUUAUCGACUACUGGGUUCAGUGGGACUGCGACGCGUGGGUAUCCAAUUUGAAGGAAAGAAUUCCUUUGCUUUGGCUGCCGCCAGGCACAAAGCUCCCUAAGAAAAAGAAGGAAAGCAGCGACAAACCUAAGAAGCGGCAGGGCAUCGCAGAGGAGGGACCAAAACCAAGAUCGGAGUCAUCGAAGUCGGGAGAGAACGCUUUAAAGACAUCACAGCCGGAAAUGGCAAUAAAGUCGGAGAAGUCUUCUGCUGUCGCAACGAUACGAACUCCCCUCCCCAAGGCAAUGCCUGAUCCAGACAAGACAGACGAACCGGUCAAGAUUGAAUCCGUACACAGGCAACCCGAGAAGCAAGAAGGCGAGGCUCCCAAGAUUGCCGCACCCAAGGCGGCGCCGCGUCGACCGAUGGCUGUUCGCGAUGACACGACCAAUGCGGCGUAUGUCAUGUUGAAGGUUAUGGCGGAGCUCCGCCGAAUUACUGGUAGUGCCUCGAGAUCGCCAUCUUCUCCUGUAAACCGCAGGGUUGAAAAGGUAAAACCCAGACGAGCCAGAAAAUCUGCCCCGGCUGCUCUACCACAGCCAUCGGAUCCCAGCACUCCGCACGAUGCCACGAAUUUGAGGUUGGGGCCGAGCAUGGCUCUAGUGAAACAAGAGUUUCAACAGCUACAACCAUUCCGUGACGCGGAUGGCGUCGCGAGAGACGUAACUAUGUUGGGGACCGAAGAAAACUCGAUCCUUGCGGCUGUCAAGCUGAAUCCCCGGACCCGGAAACGGAAGACAAUCGACGGUGAGGAGGUGUUUGUGCCUGGCCUGCCUCGGCCGAUUCAUGCCGCCAAGGCUCUUCCCAGACCGAACCCGCAGAAGGUCAAGAAGCCGGCGAUCAAGAACCGGGCAGUCGUCGUCUCGCCCGUCUCGCCCAAGAUCCUUUCCGACAUCAAGCGGGCAUCAAUGGACUCGCUCACGCUGGCACCCCUUAGAACGAAGGAACAAGCUGCUGCAACGCCGGUCAAGCUGCAGCCCUUGGAGCCCAUUCAUUCCCCCGCAGGCCCUCUUUCAGUCAUGUCGCCCAACUCGCGGGCUCGCGCCGACCCGACGGUGACCAACCCGUUCUACCUGACAGAUAGCCUCUUGUAUCAACUGUCACAGCCACCUGGGUGGACCCAAUCUCAGAACCUCAGGUUCGAGUUGCCAACAAGGAGGAAUCAGACCAAAAAAGAGACGGACGCAGCUACGGCGCUGCAGGGGCUGAAGAGGGGAUAA